AUGGAUACUCAGGCCCAAGCGGACUUGUCCAAGCUCAACGAAGCAGACAAGAAGGAGCUGAGCCAGUUUCUGGCCAACGAGUCGCAGAAGGCCAACAUCCAGCAGACGAUCCACGUGCUUGCCGACGUGUGCUUCAAGAAGUGCAUCACUACCCACAACUCCAACGCUCUCAGCAACACCGAAGAGGUGUGCGCACAGAACUGUGUUGGUCGAUGGAUGGACACUCAGAUUAGCGUUCUGAAGCAUUUGGAAAAUAUGCGCCAAUAA